UUUUAUGUCGCCCGCUCCUUCACUAACUGCAGAACAAUUGGGGGAAAACGUAGGGGAAAAAAUAAAAGCAUCCGUGCGUAAGGCGAACGAGGGUAUGGACUAACGUUACAUACUUGCACUCAGAAAGUACUGCGCAAAGAACGUGUUAAGCCUUUGUGUUGCGUCUGUGUGUGGCAGAAGGCAAAACUUAUUUCGGCUUCUUCACGGCGGGAGAUAAUCUAAUACUAUGCUAAUCUUGAUCUUGUGACCGAGUCAUCGCCUACAACGCGCACCUUCUCUAGGGAUCCUCAUGCGCUGCCCUCGAUGCCCAAUCCCGUCGGGAUGAAAACUUGGCCGGCUUGCGUGCAGGAACAGUUUCGGUGUUAGUUUUCUCCCCGGCACCGUGAAGCCUCACUUUUCCCUCUGAUUUGUUGCCCUUGAAAGCGUGCAGGUGAGCUUGGAGUGUGGGAAUCUGUGGAAUGCGAGGUCGGCGAAAAGGGGCGGAGAUCCCGACUCUGUGCUCCCGCAGGAUAAGCUUACCUUUACCCCUCCGCGCUCACUCGCCACAAUUCAAACUACGCCAUAUUUAAUGACCCUAAUCUGCAUUUUAAGCAGGGGCGUUUCUGCUAACGUGUACCGUGACUGCGGUGCCAUUGCUUAGCAGUGUGAAAGAAUAACCUACCUCUUAGGACACGAUGGACUCACCUUUAUUGCCCCGGAAGCUAAUAAUAAUAUACAAAGUCACAUUACCUUACUUAAAUGCAGCAUUGUUUUAGCAUGGUUAAUUAGGUAGAUAUUCUAACUCACUCAUGUUUUACACAUGUUUAUUGCCUUGUCCCACUUUGGUGUAAAAAGUAGGUUUUGUUUGAAAUGCACAUCAUUAUACCUCUCUCACAUGCAACCUCAAGCCCUUUCCUCUUUCUUCAACGUAUAUCUUCUAAUAACCCAGUACUUACAAUGUCACUGCAAUCUGAGUUUGAGACAUGUUAUUUCAGGGGGAAUAGCAAAUUUGCCAUUUAAUUUGAAUCAUUCUGUUUAAAAGUCUGGCUAAAACAGAAGAAGACACAAGACUCAAGGAGCAGUUAUUAACUGUGUUAUGAUGGCUAUUCACCAAAGGUCAAGUCCCAUUCCCCUCUCGCCACGUAAAAAGAUGCUGGGAGCAGUGCUUCAAGCCUCCUCUGUUGCCAUGCGAGGUGUUGAAAGGUUAUCAGCCUGCAUCACCGAUGUUGCCACAGUGCAAGUUUUAUUUCAGCCAACAGUGGAAGUGCAUAAGGUAAAUGAGAUCAUAUGUGAACUCUCUCUCUCUCACACACACACACACACACCAAUAAGGAAUCGCUAGUUUGCUCCCCUCGUGAUUCACAUUACCGUAAAAGACACACACUGCCGCACAGCUGACAGCCAUUGGGAGUGGGUUACUGUGGAAUUGAAAGAGCAGCGGGGCGUUGGUUCGAAGAGUCAGGCUGUUUUUACUUCUCUUUCUUUUUUUUUUUGCAGUUUGGCUCAAGGAGAGAGGUUUUAAGCGAGUCGGGCAUUCAACCAACCCACUGUCCGUUUCAUUUGUCACGCUCCACGUUCUUUAUCAUUCUUGCUGUACAAAGAUGGUGAUCCGUGUCUGUGAAACUUUCUGUAUUAAUUACGCGGGUAGGCUACUUAUAGAUGUAAGAAAAAGUUGCAUGAAGAGCGACCGUCUACUCCGGUAGACACAAACAAGUUGCAAAUGGGCUUUUGUGUGUUGGUGUGAUUAUUUGGCCCAGGCUUCAGGGUGAGUUCUUUUUAAUGUGAACUGACAACAGUUGAAUAGUUUACGCCCUUUGGCGGGCCUCUCCUCCUUGUACUUUUUUCACCCCCUAAUUCUGGCUUGAAAUCGAGGCUUAAGUCCUCACCCUUAUUUUACAUUUCAGAUUUGCUUUUUUUCUGUAUCCCCCCACCCCUCUACAGGGGGGAGAGAAAGAAUUUCCAGUCUGCGCCUCACAGCCUGUUUGCCUGGAAACAAAAUGGUUAUUUGUGUUGUGUCUUUGCAUGGCUGUAUUUAAAGUAAAGUGCUGAAGUAUCAAUCUCUUCUCUCUGCAAGUCAAAGAGAAUGUCAGCCUCCCUUGUGCUCUUAAAAGUAGAGCUCUCACGGCGGCAGUCAGCCUUUUCUUUACUCCGCUACCAACCAUUAAAUAAACAAUUUAAUAUUUUUAUUACAUCGGUGUAUUCAUAACACGGAUGCAGAAUUUAUAGCCUUACAGAUACUGAUGCAAUGCUCAGACUGCUAUGAUUGAACGUUCGUGUUUAUGUCGCACUAAAAUAGUUUACUGUAUACAAAACUGCGAGAGAGAUAUACAACACAUUUGUGAUUUAUUAGUUGUUUUUUAUGUGAAGGACUCUCAGCUACUGAGGUGUGGCUCCAGUGUGGGACAAUAAUAAUAUUUACUGGAAGCACAAAUCCCACCCCACAUACUGCAGCUUCUUCCCUUCCCACAUUUGCAUGGUGUAGUCUAAAGAGAGUUUCUCUCCUGCCUCCCUUGAGAACAACCACACGAUGUAGCAGAGUAGGGAAUUUCCAUUGUGAACCCUGUAAAAUCUCUUUGUUUUGUCAAUGUGGAGACUUAAACCAGCGAGCAGAUCUGUUAUUAUUCUAAAAUAGUAUUUCAAUAUCUGAAGUAUAUUGUGACGAUUCAACAUAAUACGCAAGCUUAAUUGUUAAUUAUGAAUUAGUAGCACGGCACAUAUUACUUAUCAUUACCUAUCAUAUGUAAAAGAAAUCGAACAAAUUAAAGAAGCACACUUCACAUAUUCAGCUUGCAAAGGCUUGUGUGGAUACGCCUUGACAUGUGGGCUGAUUGUUGAUCUAACUAGAUAUGUACACAGAUUCCUGAAAGAGCCCUUUAAUGCUGUGGUUGGAUCCCGGACAGCUAAAGAUAAUACAGAACACAAAGCAUGUCAGCACUUUCAGAGAUUAGGAGCACAAUAGAUUUUUUUUGGUACGGUAAAAUAGCCCUCCAUAGGCCCGCCAUGCUGAGUCUGAAAGACUGCCCCUCGUCGGUGUCUGCUAUGUGGACAGCAGCAGCGAAGGCACAGAGCUUUCCCACUGUUGUUAGCGCCACAUGCGGCCCUACUAUAUACUAAAGUCUUCCUGCGAGCUCAUUGCUCCAACAAUCCCCUCUAUCUAAAGGCUACGUGGCUGCAGAAUGAGCUCAGCAAGGCACAUGAUACCUUGUUGAAUAUUUCAAAGUGCUACUCACAUUAUCGCCCCCAGGCGAAAGCUCUCUCUUUGCUGAUGGUAGAAGGACGAGUAGAGUCCAUCCCAGUGGAGCGCAUGAGUUCAUAUACAGAGACCCUGAAAACACAGCCGUAACCUCUACAGUCAUAAAAACAUCUCAGAACCUAUAGGGUGACAUUUAAUGCUGAACGGUGAAUCUUUGAUACGAAUGCCAUACUGUUGUAAAUAUCUCAACAGUCUUACAGACUGAGCUGUUUAAAACUAGAGCACUUCUAGAUGUUUCGAUGGCAGCAACUAGCGAUUAUUGAUUAUUCUUAGUUUCAUUGAUUGUUAAGGCUUUGAAAUGUCAGGCAAACGAGUCAAACAAUUAGAGCUAUCGCUUAAUUGUUCUGUUUCAGCACAUAAGAUACAAACAUAAACUUAGGCUGUGUGCUUCUUGUUUUAGACUUUUAAAAUCUGUGGGGUCAGGUGUCCUUCCAGAGUGGUAUGUAAGUGCGCUCAGUGGCUGGAUUUAGUCAGAAGUUGAAGGCAUCUCCAGCAAUGUCAGGUGACAUUCUGACCACGAGGUUUACAACUGAAAACUGGGACAAUCUACAGGACUUGUCUGCCUCACCUGCUUCCGUAAAACCUUCCCGAGAAGCAGAAGAUCCACUUCUUAAAGGAAUACUUCACCCACAAAAUGACCAUCUGUUCAGUUACUCACCCCGGGUAACCUUGAAUUUGUGAAGAAAAUGUUUGUUUUUUUGGCCUCCUCUGUAAACUAAGAAUCAAAAAACAGAAAAGUCUGAAUGAAUUGAUGUAAAACGGGGCCGCGUUUAACAACAAGAAAGCUUCAUCAAAACAUCCAAUUCUGAACUUUCACACAUGUGCAGUAGAACCCAGACUCAUUCAUCCAGUUGUUUGCUGAAAAACAUGCAUCUUCACUAAAACCGUAGCAUUCAAAAGACUUCUGCAUAAACUCAUAUUUGCGCAGGCGGGCUACUUGUCCGUGUGAGUCCGGAGGAGUGUUUUUAAAUAGUACGGUUUAAGUGAAGAUGCUUGUGUUUGGGAAGUAUCAUGAGAUUGGAGACAUGAGACUUUGGAUUGCACUGCACCAGUUCUGCAACAGUUCCUAAAUUGAUGUGUAAAUACAGUUUUGCUGUAUUAAACGCGGUCCCCAUUUACUCCAAUUCAGCCAGGCGUUUCUCCACUUUUUGAUUCUUCGUUCACCAUGGAGGCCUGGAAGAUAAAGUUUCAAGAAUUCAAGGUAACACGGGGGGAGGAAUUGAUAUACAAAUCAUCAUUUUGCGGGUGUAGUGUUCAUAUAAAUGUCAAGGCAUUUAAAAGUCUGCAACAAAGUCAAAUUAACUCCUGUUGAACCAAUUUUCCCAACUCAGGAGUUAAUGAACAAAUACAGUUCAAGCACAUGACAUUUAAAAUGGCAUUUUAUAGAUCCUAAGAUUUGCAUUUAGUUAUGGAGUGGUGAGGCAGGUGUGGGCUGUGUGAUAUCACAGAUAUACUCCAUCUUUUCUUUCUCUAUCGGAGUAACGAUAAAGGGACAGCAUCAAAGCUGACAAAACCUGUAGCCUUAAGGCAACUCUUUAAGUUUCCUUCACUCUCUAGAACAAAGCUUAGUUAGCAGAUCUACCCAGAAAGAAAUCCCAGAAUAAUGUUUCACUAGAGAAACUGUGACUUCAAUGCUACCGGCUUACAAACCCAUUUAACCUGUUAAAGGGCUCAUUCUUGUCUCAGGAUAAUGUGUUUUUGUGGCACCCAAAAUGCACUCUCCUCUGCAUGCACCAGUAAACCCCCGAUCAAUGCCAAAGCCCACUUAUUUUGGGAUGGACAUUCACUCCCACAUCAUAUACAUUUUCCUGCUGCAGCCAAUUUAAACAGAAAAAACCCCAUUACCCACACGUCGUAGAAGAGGUGCACAUGUUUUGUGGCUACCGGGAUAAGAAACAGCAUAUUGUUAUGUCCUACGUUGGAUACAAGAACAGAUUUGCAGAAGUAUAUCUGUGGCAUAUGAUGAAUGUGACCGCAUCCACACUAGACCAAAAAAAAAAAACGUAACUCUGCACAGCUGCAAAAUCCUGUCCUCUAUGAAUCAUUACAGCUAAAGGGGAUUUUAUUUUACCAACAUGAGGGGUGUGAUUUAUUUUUUCAAUUAAAUCCCCUUUGAUAGAGCAUCCAUAUGGUGCCAUCUAACAGGACACCCCGCCUUCCCUUCAGUACGCUGUGACUUUGCAGUUAUUCAGUCUAUAUUCCCAGCAUUUGUUAGUUAAACUCACCUGAACUAAGUCACUGUUUUAAAAGGCCAGCUGGUGCUGGUCGGCUGACCUGACAUUUACUUAAAUAACAGCAAUAACAGCAUUCCUUCUGUCUUCCUGAAUCAUGGUUCAAUGCAUGUCGGUGUCCUGAUGGUUACAGGAAAUAGAUUUUUGCACCUUUUAAUUAUUCCAGUUGUUACUUUGGUUCCUCAAGGUUCAUUCUCAGUUGUGUUAAGUUCUUUUCAAUUCAAAUUUGAAUGCAGAUGGAUUUAUUGUUCGACAUCCAGCAGUAAGUCUGGAUUACCUUCUUCUUUAAUACAGUAAUUAACAGUCCUUUUGCAACAAAACAAAAAACCGCAACUCAAGCAAUCUCAGUUAAAUGGAACUGACAAUAGUCACUGAAAUAUUCAAGUCUUUGUGUGUAUGCUAAUUCUGUCAUCAGUUAUAGUUGGCAUUGACUAAAGGAAAGCAGGUGCAGGGUUCAGUUCAUUCAGUCUGAGGUGUACAGAAUUAUAGAUGAGGUUUUUCUUCCUCGGGACUCUUAGACAUCACUUUCCAACCUGCAGGCCAGAACUAAUGGAGGCUAAAAGAAGUUGUAAAUAACAAGUUGGAGUGCUGGUUAUUUCAAUUAAUGUUGUUAGCUUCGGGGCAUUUCUCAUUUGAGCGGUCAAAUGAGCGAAAUUGUUAAACUCUUGCCAAAAUCAAGACGAAACGUGAGAUAUCCUCAGAUAUACUUUCAAGAUUCGCCUGCUUUCGAAAAAAAUUGUAGAUGACAGGCAAGAAUGUUUGCAAAAGAACAGCAAAAAACAAAUGUGACAUGUUUUCUACUUUUGAGAUGAAGUAAUUGAUUGAUUGCAGACACCUUUACCAGUAGUGUUUACCAAUAAAUGUAACUCCAUCUGUUACCAAGCACCACAUUUACAGUACACAGUGCUGAUGGAAACGGCAUGAUAUUCCAGUGAAAGGAAAAUAUAUUUAUCAGCCAGUCGUGGGACUUUAAAGGGCCAACAAGGCCUUGAAACUGUGCAUAUUAACUCCAUGACUUAUUGGAUAACCGGCUUGUUUCAUUCCGGAGGACUUUGCUUCAUAUUGAUCAAUAUAUUCAUGUUUGUUCAGCUCUUACAUUUGAAUGGGCAGCAGCACGACAUUCAUGACCCCCGCCUGUCCACCCAGAAGCACAGAGCAUUGAGCAGGCAGUGCUAAUGUAGAUCAGCUGUCAGGAAGUACAUGAUCGGGCCUCUGCUUAUCCAUCUUCGUCAUGAAGUUGGUUUCAAAAUACUUCACAAGAACAGGGGUUUUGUUUUUCCAAUUUAAACAAACUUCAUAAGUCACUUCGAAGCAGAAUUUAGUCUUUCAGUAGAACCUGUGCAGUGCAUUGAAAAUACAUUUUUAGCAAAGCUUUAAGCCAGAAGACCAGAUGUACAGAUGUAGAGCCUGAAGCUUGUCAGUUAGAAUCGAAAGAGUGGCAGAUUUGUGUCAACAUGAAAUAAUGAUCUUUACAUCCUAAAGCGGAAAUACUAUCAUGAUUUCCACUGAACAUCAGAAUAUUCUGAGAUAAAAUGACCUAGAUUAUCAUGUUUGGUUCCUAAAAUUCAUCUCAGAUUGUCAAUCUGUCGGCACUUUUUAUACAUAGUUGUUGUGCGAGUAGAACUGCUGUAGUAAUUGCUGCAUUGGCUUUUUACUUCUACUGCAGAUGUUUUUUGUUUUAAAUGACAGGCAGCAUACUGACGGUGAUGUUGGAGAGCUUCUGAGGUUUGUAUCUUAAAGCAAUUUAAAUUGGACAGGCCUUGCCAGCAUCGCUAACAUUUGCAUACUCUGUCGCUAAGGGAUCCUCAAGUUUCAGCUAUGUGGCUGUAUUUUACCACGCUUUUAACACUGAAAUAUGUCCAGCAACCAUUGGAGUCAUAGCCGUAUAAUUAAUGAUCUAAUAAGAGCCUGCUGUUUGCAACAGGAUCACGUUUUGUGGGGGUGAAAAUAUAUAGUUGAGGAUCCUGCCAAUAUGAGAGCCAUGAACAAAACUGAAAUGGAUACUUGGUCGUAUUAAUACUUAGUGUUCAUUAAUGAGUCGUCAGACAGAGCGAGGUGUAUGUAUGACAGUUUAUGUAAAAGCCAUCGUUCUUCAAUCUCAUAAUUGAUCACAACACACCCACAGAAUUGCCCUUUUUAUCAAGAAGCAGUCAGCGAAGCUAAAUUUAUACAAUUCAUAGCGUUGUUACUGAUCAUCUCUUGCUGUAAUCAGUCUUAAUAGAAGGUGCUGAGCGAGAUCCGUUGUUCACCUGAGAGACACCUUAUAUAGUUGGAGCCAGGACACUGCCAAUAGCAGGACAUUUGUUAUGCUAAUUCUCAAUUUCUCACGUUCAAAUAGUCAGUGUAUUUCAGUCAUAUAUGAAGUCUGAGCACAAUCAUUUGAUGACUGUAGGGUUGAUUAAACUGUAGCAUUGAUUAAACACAUUUUUUUUUUUAUUGAGCUGUUAAAUGAGGUUAACUAAUAAACGUCCCAAUCCAUGACCAAAUUCUCUAACUCAACUUUGUCAGUUAUCUUAGUGCAUGAAACCUUCUGUUUACAUUUGUUUUGUGGUACAUCCGCCACACAAGAAAUGAGUUUAUUGCAUUGACUUCUCUAGAGAUGCACAGAGCACUGUGCUGUAAUUCCUUCUUCAGAGGCAUUGGGGUGUUGAAUGUAUUUGUCUAACAAUGUGUGACAGGAUGAAGCACGUCUAUCUAGCAGAAACUGAUUCUAUUUAGGGGAUUUGCAUGCAAUCAGAAUAAUUUAUGUCCUCUUCUGGCACGUAUUACUGGCGGUGACAUGUUGGAAACAGCUGAUGGGACAGUUGAGCCUCUCUGCUCCCCAUUAGUUGAGGUAUUGUCAUGAGGAAAUGAUUUAGAGGGUGGAUGAUCACUGUAGGAAGUUGGUCGCGGAAAGUUAGUCUUGUGUUUUUACUGCUGCAUAGUGCAAACAUGGAUUAUUUGCAGCCAUCUUUCUCAUGUCCUCGUAUAUUGCAAGAUAAAGGAGUGUGCGUAGGGCAUCUGGGCAUGUAGUAUUAGACAGUUUGUGUGUUGAAUAGAUUGUAUGAUGACUGUGUUUCCUGCUGUUACUCAGAGGAAAGUCCUGCCCUGUGGAUACACAUGUUCAGAUAGGCCUCCAGUUAUUGCAACAUUUGUCGGGGUGCAGUACAAGGUGUGAGGUAGGCAUGGGUGCAGCUUGUGAAUGAUUUAUUUUGCAUGUCCGCUUUGUAGCAGGUUUGAGGAGAUGUGGUCGGACUAUUGUCUCCUCUCCAUAUAGCCUCAUACUUGUCACCACGUUUAAUCCUCGGUCAACGGAACAACAGGUAUGUGUCUAUUUGUGGCUGCAUCAUUCUCUUUAGCCUAUUCAGCGUAAUGAUUGAUAGGGUGAUUGUAUGUACAUAUAAGACUGUUUCUGCUCUGGAAAGGAGACAUUCCUUUUGCUGCUGGGUGUGUCAAUAUGAGCAAAGCAUCUUCAGCUGUUGAGAGCAGCAGAAAGUGAAACAUCUAGGGAUCUAAUAAUAACCUUUUUUUUGUGUAUUACUGCUGGCUAGUCCAUCAUGUGCUUCCAGAAAAUGUGUCAUCCUCCUCAAAAGAAUUGUCCACAUGUGGCACCUACUAAGAAGUCACAGUAUGCGGAUACUUAGUAGUGUACUGUCUGAGGUUAAGGUUAAUCAGUGACAUGCAGUGUGUGCAGGACCAUUGGUAUAUUUGUGUUACCCACAUUCUCAAAUCAGCUCAGAGCAAUUACUUUGUCAGGGCUUCGGUCAGCACUUCCUAACAACGUGUCUCGCCUUAUAGUAGUGUGUGCAGUUUAGGGGAUUUCAGAAAUUGUUUCAGAAUUCAUUGACUUGCUGUAAAAACAUAAUGCUGCUGUCGUGAAUGCUUUUGGAGCGAAUGCAUGAAGUGUUUUUCUACCUCCGUCUUCAUUCUGGGGAUUUAUUGAGGCGGAAAUAUAUUUUUAUUGUUCAUCUUGGUUAAUUCUGAUAAACUACAUUGGACCACAAAUGUUAGUUUUAUUCAAGGAAGUCAAUACAGUGAAAGAAGCAAUUAAGCAUUGGGGGGUCUUUGGGGAUGUAGUUGUAGCUGCUGAGAGAUUAGUAAUGGGACUGUAUUUCUCCCCACAAAGCUUUUACAUGCUACAUAAUGCUGCUUGGUCACUCUAGUUAAGUGCCAAUGGGCAACACUGAGAGCCUGAGAGCAUGUGGGCUUUCAUAAAAAAAAAAUCCACCAGAUGAUUUCACUGAUCAGCUCCUCCUGCACAAGUUGCUGUGUUAAUCAGUGAAUAUCUAAUUUGGUGUAUGGAUGAAGUCAGCUUAGAGGUCGCUUGAUACGCAACGAAAUAUGUAUUGGCUCACUACACAAUGCAGCACUGCAUGGAUUGCCAUGUUUGGUUCUGUAUGUGGAAAUAAAAACGAGUUAUAAAGAAGAAGGUAAUUAACUGUUAUCACCCCUUUGUUUCCAAAAAAGAGCUGCAGUAUAUGAGAAAUGGAGCCUGCUGUAUAUUCCGCCAGCAGCUCUCAGCUCUGUUUGAGCUGUCGAUUUCCCGGACCUUUUUUAGCUCAGCAAGUCGGAGCAAUCAGCGUUUGAACUGCUGCUUCUCCGAGACUCCCUGCGAUUGAAAUUUAGGGUAAUUUAUAAUUAUUUCUUAGCUCAUCUCCAUUUGUCUGUGUUGAAUGUCUGUGACCUGGUGUCACUCAGCCUCCUGAAGACAAAUGUUCCUCCCCCUGAAUGACGAGACAAUAGAGCUUUUGACUUGGGCUACAUCCACACCAAUACGUUUCCAUUUAAAACCGGGGUUUUAAAACAAAAACGAUCCACGUCCCCACGGGCGUUUCAGCAUCGUUUUCGAAAUGAUUUCUGUCCAUACUAGCACGACUGAAAACAAAAAUCACAUAACUGUACACGUACACUGGGCAUGCAGGUGCCGGUUUAAACAGGAAGUAGAGUGGUUGAUAAGUUACAGCAGUAUUAUAGUACUCCUUAAUAAUAAAAGGUUGUGCUUGAUACUUCAAUUUCUACCUCUAAAAUCUUCCUCUCUAUACUCAAACAGACUAAUUUCCAAAACGUAUGCAUUUACGCCGUCCACACUAGGAGGUAGCCCCGGAUCUUUCAAACGUAGCCGUCCUCGGGAGUGUUUUUAAACGUAUCCGUUUUCGGUGCUUUAAACCUCUGGAAACGUAGCAAAAGAUACGCGUUUUAAAAGGGAAACGUAGUAGUGUGGAUGUGCACGGCACGUGUUAUAGUAACGGCUGUUUAACUCUCCAAGAGUUCAAAUAAGAAAAUAAAGGAAUACAUCAGUCGGUGCAUUAACAUGCACUUAGGUCACUAGUCAGGGUUCUGCAGUACCCUGGUUGAUUGAUUGCUAUGUAGAGAUUAAGAGAAAACAGCUUGUAACACAGCUAGAGUUUUGCUGGAGAAACCUGAUUUCUCAGUGUUCAACCAGGUUUCCGACAAUGUUUUUAUAAAAGCACGCGUCAUAACGUAUGACAAACGCUACAGACAUGUAUCAACGUGACAGCAGCAUGAAAGGAAAGAUUACUAAUGGUGGUGCAUCCUCGAGUCCAAAAUAAUCAAAUCGAAAGUCAGACUAAAACAGAAACUGAAAUGAAUAAGUUAGUUAUUAUUGUUUAAGUGGAAGGAUAUUUUCAAAAUGCAGACACAUGAACACAGUCAUUAAAGACAACAAUUCUUCAAUGCUGUAUCACUGAUACACAUGGAUAUGCAGUUGUAUUCCCUUGGAGAGAUGUGUUUACUGACCAGCUGCAUGUGAACACAGCAGUUACAAUAAUUGUAUUACUAUAGUGCCAGUAAACCUGUUCUCUGGUUUCCUGCUUUAACCUGAUUUCUCCCAGUAACCUGGUUUCCCGUGUGCAUGUAAACGUGGCCUGUGUGUCAGCUGAUGUUACAUUUGCUGCUGCAGUGCUCUUGGAGAAGGUGACACAAGGCACAGGUGGCUUUCAGAGGAAUCAGAGAAAUGAUGAAUUCAUGGAUGCGGAUGAAAUUGAUGCAAGAAGGCAGUAUUUGAAUCUGGGCCAGUUGAUCUGUUUUUAAGCAACAUUCCCUUCAGAACAGCUGUUUUUAAAACACUCUGUUGCACUCUAGCUUCCAUUUCCCUUUCCUCACUUGAACCAUAAACUAGAUUUAGUCUUCGAGACAGAGUCACGGAAACAGGGAUUGUGUAAGAAGCUCCGAGGAGUGGCCGGAGUCUGAGGUCAGUAGAUCAGAUCACGUGGUCCGAGUCAGGGUGGGAUCAGGCUAAGACGUUUCUUGGCAGACUUGGAGACUUGAAGAUUAAGAUACGUUAAAGGGGAGAUUUAGCUGACUAGAAAGAGCGUCUUGUCAAGGAGAUGCUUAUUAUUGCACGCUGAAUAGUUGGACAACUCUGUCACUGAAAGAGAUAUUGUUUAAAAUAAUCCGGUUUAUUUUGUCAUUACCUAUACUCAAAGAUGGUAUGCAGAGUGUUUAUUUUCCACUUAGUCAAGGGAAAUAACCAUAAGGCUAAUAAUUAGACGCUAGUUAGCCUCAUUGUUGAGACCAGAAUGAGGUCAUCUUUACUCUGUGGGAACUACGCAGUACGGUCCUCAGGCAUUACCCUAAUGAUAGCCUUGAAAGCUGCUCAGUUUGGGCUUUCCACCUGCUUCUCAGUGUGUGUGUGUUUGGGCUGCGGCAGUUGGGGAUCCUGAAAAAAAACAACAACGCAUCGGCCUGCGGUGAAAAAAAGUUGAAACAGAAUCAAGUUUUGGAGAAAUGCAGCGUGGCGUGGAGCUGCGGUGACCAAUCACGCAACCAGUGAGUCGGUGAGAGAGUAACCUACAGUUAACAUCUCUUCCUCUCGCUGCCUUGGGAAAGGGGGAAGAAAAAACUUUAAGAAAGUAAAAAACAGGGUGCAAGACAAAACACGAGCAUUUACCUCAAUUGCCCAGGUGUUUGUGUAACAGCUGACUUCAUGGGUGCCCGUUGGAGCAAUUCUCUGGGAAGUGUUUACUUCAAAGUGUUUACUGCCAAGUCUUCUCAUCAGUCUAGCUGCUGUGAAUUGAAUGAAGCUGCCUUCAAGUGUGGUUGUAACUGUCAAUAUCAUAAAAACACUCUGACUGAAAACAAUAAUUGUGAUACAUAAAGUCUAGUUGUGCUACAUUUGGGGGGUUGAAUGUGUGUGUGUCUGUUGAGUGACAUUCUCCCGCUGCCACACAACCCCGCGCCGGUCGGCGGCACGUACCUGAUUUGUUGUGAAUGCAGCUUACGGGCAUGAGAAACCAAAUUUUUAGCGAAGGCAGUCCAGCGAGAUUAUUUCCAUCCCCAGGCAUUUUGGAGCAAAACACAAAGAGUAAUGUUGAAGAACCAGUCAGCCGUGUGCCAAUAGGACUGCGGUAGGUUGGCAGCAGCUUGGUUGUCUUCACUCACAUCUCACAGCUGCCGAGAACUCCAAGCUAAGCAGAGUGAAAUCAUUCUGGACCCGAUACAAUGGGGAAUUGCAGAGGUAGGCUCGGAUACAUAAUGAAGGAAAUUUAUCUUUUCCCAAUGCUGCCUUCAGUAGGGGGUUUCUUUUCCUUUUUUGUAUGUUGUUUUUUUCUGAUUCUAUUUCCUACAGUCUGCUUAGUGUGGACUCUCCUGAGAAUAUUCAUUUGGACAGAUUAUAUUCACAUUUUGGUGACGCCUUGAUGAAAAUCAGUUUUUUUUUCGACAAGCUAGUAAGUCAGUUUUUUGACGGAGGGCGUGUUUUAUCAGACAUUGAAGGGUCACAGAGAGGCCGAGCUCGAUAAGGCCCAUUUUCUACUUCUAUGGUGAUUUACAUGACAAUCACCAUAACUGGCUCCAUAGCUGCGCUCCUCUUUUUUUUUGUUCUUCUGUGAGAACAUACCGAGAGAGAAAGAAGAAAGGAUUUUGCCCUCCCCGACCGGGCUGGCAACUUCUGUCAGCUUAAAAUGUGCGCUCUGUCGGUCCUGUCUGUGUUGUUUCUCUUGUGUUUGUGCAAAAGUCAAGGAGGAGGAGCUCUGUCAAAUUCAAACAGCUUUUCCCCGUUUCCUGUCGCUGCGUUUUCUGGGAAUCCAGCGGCGUGUCCUUGAUUCAAAGGCUGCAAUGGAAGUGAGGGAGGAUGGGGGAGUGUGUUGCAACACUAUGAAUGAGCAGGAAAGGAAUUUCAGAGACUGACAGGGGAAUACAUGGAAUAUCCUGUGUGGACUAACAUACUUUGGAGUAGUACAACCUUAUCUGUCAUUUAACACCGUGCCUGGCACAUGACACCGGGUCAGCUCAAACACCUUGAAAUGCUCGCGCUGCCUUGGUGACAGACUCCCAGAAUACCUCAGGGUCACAUUUCACCCAAAUGUCCGGGGGACCUCCCACGUUCUUCUACUCCCUAGAAGUAAACAACAGAACCGGCUCACACAAACUGACUGUCAGCCUGAGCUAAAUGAUUCUUUACUUGUGUGCGUGUGUGAGUGUGUGUGUGUGUGUGUGUGCACAUAUGCAAAUUUAAGUCGGCGGGGGCUUUUACAUGACAACAAAUUACCCUUUAACCCUUUAAAAGGAUGUCUGUUGGCACAACUUUGACUCAUUCAGCAGAGCUACUGUAUAACAAGUCUACCAGUCACCCUGAGGCACCCAUUAUGAACCAGAGGUGCUAUAAUACACACUUUCAUGGGGGGAGAGUUCAGUUGCUCGGGGCAUGGCUCUUUAGUAAAUUACCAUAUGGUUAUUUAAUGGAGAUUUUCGCAGCUACUCUUUCCUCUCCAUAUUCACACGUGAAGACGGCGUUUCUGUAUCACGGUGACUGCAUGCUGUGUGGUUUAGUGAAGUACAGCAUGUAGAUGAAGAUGUACGUGGAGUGGGCUGGGGGUGGAGUCUGUCUUUAUCUUUGUAUCUUGGAGAUGACAGUGGCAGUGGAUCGCUACGGCAGUAAAAGUCAUAGUAAAAUCCCUGUUUCCCUAAAGUCACAUACCUCCUGUGUUAUUAGACUCCUUGCUUGUGUCUGCUGCCGCAGCCCUGUCUGGCUCAACAGGCUCCUUCUAGUAUGCAUCCACCUUGAGCAGCGUUCCCUUGACACUCUCUCUGUCAACAGAUAUAAUGAGACCAUAACUAUUCGCUCUGCUUUCUUAUUUCAAUCUCGGACAAGAGGCCAGAGAGAGCAAAGGAGACAGGGAACACCUUAUCUCUUCCGUCGGGGCUGCUGGCUUUUUUUUAUUCUGUUUUUCAAAAGCCAGCCCUCGCUCAUCUUCUUCUACCUCUCCACUGCAUCUUAUAUACGCAAACAUAUAUUGUAUUCACCUCUGUGCACACUCGCUUGGUAUUUCAGGGCAGCUUUUGCAUUGCUAAGAUAUACAUUUCUGUUGUAUUCUUAACGUGAGAGUGUGUUACAUACACACUGGUCAUCAUUUAAAGUUGUGUGUAGUCUUAGUCCAUGUGGCAUUGAUUUGCACUGUCACAGACGUGAAACACGGACAGCCCUUUUUGUCUUUGGUCCAUAUGGCGUGUGUGGGUGUGUGUUUGUGUAUUGCUGGUCGUGGUGUGUGACCAUUGAUUGUCACUUGUCAGCAUUACUCGCCUCUGUGUAUGGAGGAGUGGUUGGCUCAAGUGUGUAUUUGUGAGUGGAGCGUGUUUGCACACACAUGCACACAGUUUGGUAUGUGUGUACAAGAUUGUGCUGUUUUUUUUUUUUUCAGACCAGAUCAUGUUGUGUGUGUGUGUAUGUGUGUGUGUUUGUCCUCACAGGAGGAAUGCCAGCUCCUGAGCAGAGCCCAGUGACGGAGGAGGGGCUUCUGCUGACCAUCUGCAACAGUUCAACUGGCCGCAACAUGGAGGCUGACAACACAGCCAACAACAUCCUGGCCUCCGUCAAAGAACAGGAGCUCCAGUUUGAGCGGCUAACCAGGGAGCUAGAAGUGGAAAGGCAGAUUGUGGCCAAUCAGCUGGAAAGAUGCAGACUCGGGGCCGAGUCGCCAGGCACUGGUAGCAGCAGCAGCUCGUCUGAGAAGUCCCUGCCGUGGAAAAUUGCAGAUGCCUCCGCCGCAGCGGACACCAAGUCUCGGGUGACUGACAGCUCCCAGUCGCCCAGCUACCGCAUCAGGACCGAGUCAGAGCAGGUGCCUCUGUACUCCCCGGAGCAGGCCUCCCUCCAUGAAAAGUCCGCGGGGAAUUCGCGUAGCUCAACUCAGAUGAACUCGUACUCGGACAGUGGCUACCAGGAUGCCGGCAGUGGCUACGUCAGCAGCCAGAACCUGGGCAAGGCUGAGCUGAGGAUGCAGCACUCCUUCCCUGGCGCCGGCACUGGUACCCUGGGGAGGAAUACCAGGGCCGAGGGCCAGGCUUCAGUCCAGGGUCCGGCAGUAACAGCAGCUGUGCCUGGUCGUGCUAUGCGGAGGGUAAGCUCAGUGCCUUCUCGCUCUCACUCGCCAGCCUACGCCAGCAGCAUGUCCCCGUCCCGCGGCUCCUCCCUGCGUACCUCUGUUGGCAGUGCCUACGGCUCCCCCAUUGUAACUGAACCCAAACCCCUCUCCAGCAUCUUCUCCACCACCUUGCCCUCUGCCCAGCGCACCAGUAACAAUGUCGGCGGUAGCGGCUCGCCGUACUCCAUGCAGAAAAACUCCCCUGCUGCGCUGCGACGCAUGGGCUCCACGAACUCACGGUCGGGAGGCGCCAGCCGCACAACCUCGCCUUAUCAGGCCUCGGCGGGGUCAUCAUCAGGCCGCGUGGGCUCGCCUCUGACCAUGGUGGAAGGCAUCAACUCUCCGCUGACUAAGCAGCCCACUCAUUCGUCGUCUCCAGUCAGGGCUAGUAUGACCGCUGUGCCCCAGCACUUCAGCUCCACUCUGCCCCGCUCCAUGAUCCACAACACCAACCCCUAUGGACCCCAGAGUUAUGACAUUUACGAGAGGAUGACGCGACCUGACAACCUUGCAGGAGUACGGAGGUCAUACGCCAGUCAACACAGCCAGCUGGGCCCGGACUUAAGGUCAGCCAUGUCCCCAGACCGCCACAUCGCUCCGAUCUACGAGGAUCGAACGUUCCAGGGCCCGUUGUACUGCAGCCCCAGCCACACCCAGCCGGGCACCCUCUACAGGAGCGCCUCAGGUGUGGGGAGUCUCCAGCGGACACCCAGCCAGCGCAGUGCUAUGAUCUACCAAAGAAACAAUUAUGCUCUUAACACAGCAGCCACCUAUGCUGAUCCCUGUCGCUCAGCACAGUACCGGCCCACUGAUCCCAACUACGCUUGCCAGGCUGCCGUCAUGGAUGACGGUGCUAACCGCUCACCCUCUAUAGACAGCAUUCAGAAGGAUCCCAGGGAGUUUGCUUGGCGUGACCCAGAGCUGACUGAGGUGAUUCACAUGCUGCAGCACCACUUCCCCUCAGUGCAGGCCAACGCAGCCGCCUACCUGCAGCACCUGUGCUUUGGCGAUAACCGGGUUAAGACGGAGGUGUGUCGACUGGGUGGAAUUAAACACCUGGUGGACCUACUAGACCACAAGGUCCUUGAGGUCCAGAAGAACUCUUGUGGAGCUCUGAGGAACCUCGUUUAUGGGAAAGCUAUGGAUGAGAACAAGAUCGCUGUGAGGAACGCAGGAGGUGUCCCAGCUCUGCUCCGCCUGCUGAGGAAGACUGUGGAUGCUGAAGUGAGGGAGCUUGUCACAGGGGUGCUGUGGAACCUGUCGUCAUGUGACCCCAUCAAGGUGACAAUCAUUCGGGACGCCUUAUUGACCCUUACCAACACUGUGAUCAUCCCUCACUCUGGAUGGAGCAGCUCCACCUUCGAUGACGACCACAAGCUGAAGUUCCACUCCUCCCUGGUGCUGAGGAACACCACAGGCUGUCUGAGUCGCGACUGUAACCACUCGCCCCCCCCCCCCCCGUCUCCUUCUGCCCGCCAACAGAUUGUGGAGAACUGUAUUUGCACUCUAAGGAACCUGUCGUAUCGUCUGGAGCUGGAGCUGCCGCCAUCCCGGCAGAUAGAGGGGCAGGAGCUAGAUGGCUUACUGGGCAGCGAGUUGCCCAGUAAAGAGGUGGACUCCAGCUGCUGGGGCAGGAAGAAAAAGAAGAAGAAAAAGAGCUUGCAGGAAGACACGUGGGACGGUGUCGGACCCAUCCCCGGCUUCUCCAAGUCUCCCAAGGGGGCAGAGAUGUUAUGGCACCCUUCGGUGGUUAAACCUUACUUGACACUGCUGGCUGAGAGCUCAAAUCCCGCCACUCUGGAGGGCGCCGCUGGGUCCCUUCAGAACCUGUCAGCUGGCAACUGGAAGUUUGCAGCAUACAUUCGUGCAGCAGUGCGUAAGGAGAAGGGACUGCCCAUCCUCGUGGAGCUGCUGCGGAUGGAUAACGACCGGGUGGUGAGUUCGGUUGCCACUGCUCUGAGGAACAUGGCGCUGGAUGUCAGGAACAAGGAGCUCAUAGGGAAGUACGCGAUGAGGGACCUGGUCAAUCGUCUCCCCGGGGGAAACACCACCCUGCUGUCAGACGAGACGGUGGCGGCCAUCUGUUGCACCCUGCACGAGGUCACCAGCAAAAACAUGGAGAACGCCAAGGCCUUGGCCGACACGGGCGGCAUCGAGAAGCUGGUCAACAUCACCAAGGGCAGGGGAGACAGGUACUCUCUGAAGGUGGUUAAAGCAUCUGCUCAGGUGCUGAACACACUGUGGCAGUACCGGGAUCUGCGUACCAUCUAUAAGAAAGAUGGAUGGAACCAAAACCAUUUCCUCACUCCAGUGUCAACACUUGAACGGGACAGGUUCAAGUCCCAGCCCACCCUCCCCACCAGCACCAUUCAGAUGUCCCCAGUCAACCACCCUGCUGCCAGUGCCACGUCGUCUCCUGCCAUGCUGGGCAUUAAAGAGCAUAGAGACACUAACAGAGAUUACCAGAGAUCACAGUCAACUAUGCAAUUUUAUAAUUACCAAGGGGACAACAAUAUCCAUAAAAAUCAGUAUACAGGGUCUGGAAAGCCUUCUCCAUAUUACUACUCAUCCCCCACAAGAGAGGAGCCCAGAAGAACACAGCCCAUGUAUUACACAGAGGAGCCGGGCAGGAGGAACUACGAUACGUACAGAAUGUACCUGCAGCAUCCCCACGGCUACGACGACCCGUACUUGGAGGAGGUCAUCGCCUACCCGCCCACGGGGGACUACAGCUCCCAGUCUCACGGACCGAAAUCCACCACCAACUAUGUGGACUUUUACGCUAGCACACGGAGGCCUUCGUACAGGGCAGAGCAGUACCCCGGCUCUCCUGACUCCUGGGUAUAGGUCCGAGGGCCCGAGGAGCACACGAGAACCGACAAAACUUUUUUCAUGAACUUGGCUUCAUAAGUGUUUGUUUUUAAAGUGAAUGCGUGUGUGUGUGGAGGGGGAGUUCAACUGAGCGAUGGCAGAUGGAAAGCUGGAAUGUGUGCCAAAGAAGGAAAUCAAGGAAUGUUCUUUUUAAAUUAUUUUUUAUUUAGUAGAGGAAGAUGGAAUCAUGCUGGGGGCCUUUUGAGGGACGAUCCCCUUCACUACAGCGAGGAGACGUGCGUCCUGUCUAGAUGUUAGUUUUAUUUUCUUUAUGAAACUCUUAGCUGUGAUAGCAUGUUGAAAGGUGUGAGUCAUGUGAGCGAGGGUCUGCGGUAAGAGUUGAGAUGGGGAAUGUGUAUGUGCUGAAGCCAAAAUGGAUCAUGAACUCGUAUCGGUUAAUUAAAAAAAACACACACACACAAAAAAACAAAAAUAGUACACUAAUGAUGUUAGACUGUACAGAGGGAUAAAAUUGUAUCUGUACUUAAUGUUGAAACUGUGUAAUGCCAUGAAGUCUUGUACAUUUCUUUCAUUUUAUUGUAAAUACAGAAAUAAAACAUGUUACCUGGUUUACACUCAUCAGCACUGGUUAAAAAAAGAAACAUGUGCCAUGUUAAAUCUAUAGAUAUAUAAACAUAUGAAGAAAUAUGUGGACAAAGAUGGCAUAACACAACCAUGCUAAAAUAAUAAAAGGUUAGUUUUGUUUUUUAAA